AUGAGCUUCUCCGUUGACGAUCUUGUCGCCUCUUUUGGCACCUCGCAUAUCGGACAGGAGCAGCUGGACCUUCAGGCCUUCAAGGCGCAGAUGGCACAACAGCUGAAUCUGCAAGGGGACCGCCGGCCGACGCAAGGGAUGCCGAUGCCCAUCCGCCGCAACUCUCUCGCUCAGCCGCACGCGAACUCGCCCGCGCAGCAGACGACGAUGGCGAGCGAGGACGAUCGGGAGGAUGAGAUGAUGGUCGAAGACAUGCUGGUGGCACCGGCCUCGCCGACCACGACCGCGGCUCCCAGCGCACCGUGGACGCAGCAGCAACAGCCGUCGCAGGCCACGUGGGCGCCGACGCCCCAGCCACCGUACGGGAUAUCGCAGCAGUGCGCCCAGGAGCCGGCCUCGCUCUUCACGACCACGGACCCGUUCUAUCUCGCGCUCACCCAGCACGCCCAGCAGUCGUACUUCUCGCGCGCCAAUCACCCGUCGGCCUUCCAACGGGACGCUGGCCCCGUACUCGUCGACCGAUAA